AUGCCUGAACAAGUUAAGUACGAUACACUCAAGCCCACUGGCAACAAAAUCCCUCUUGUUGGUUUUGGUACCGCACGUAUUCCCCCCGAGGAAACUGAAGAAGUUGUUUAUAAUGCUAUCAAAUCCGGAUAUCGCAUGAUCGAUGGCGCUUAUCUCUAUGGCAACGAAAAAGAAGUUGGUAAGGGUGUUAGACGUGCUAUUGCAGAUGGAAUUGUAAAGCGUGAAGAUCUUUUCAUUGUUGGAAAAUUAUGGAACAACUUCCAUUCCGCUAAACAUGUCGCUCCCAUUUUCGAAAAGACCCUUGACAACUACGAGUUUGAUUAUAUUGACCUUUAUCUUGUUCAUUGGCCAGUUCCUUCCGAAUAUAUUGAUCCCAAGGAGUUCUUAGGUUUCUGUCCUAAGGGUCAAGACCUUAAAUGGGAAAGGUCACCUAUGCAAGAUUGCUGGCGCGAACUCGAGAAGCUUGUCGAUGCUGGCAAGAUUAAGAACAUUGGUAUCUCUAACUUCAACUGUCAAUUGAUUCUUGACUUACUUACAUAUGCUCGUAUUCAUCCAAGCGUUUUGGAGAUCGAACUUCACCCUUACUUGCAACAAAAACGUUUGGUCAAAUGGGCUAAGAAGGAAAAUAUUCAUGUCAUUGCUUAUGCUUCUCUUGGUAAUAUGGUGUAUGACGAAGUACCUGAAAAUUUGAAGAAUGUGCCAAAGCUCAUGGAGCAUGAAACUGUCACUAAGAUUGCAAAGAAGCACAACCGUAAUCCUGGUCAAAUAUUGUUGCGUUGGGCAGUUCAGCAAAAAAUUACGGUUGUACCUAAGAGUGUCAAAGAGUCUCGUAUGAAGUCGAACUUGGAUGUGUUCUGUUUCGAAUUGGAUGAUGAGGAUAUGAAGGAUUUAGAAAGCUUGAAUAUAAACGCUCGCUUCAAUGACUUGGUUGAAAACAUGUAUGGUUUUGAACUUCCCAUUUUUGAAUAA